UGGAGGAGGAACCAACACAGGGAAACGCAGUCGAUUCGGAAGGACAGAUGAGAUUUUUCGACGAACUCGGUCUGAUACCACAAACAUGUACGUACAAAGGAGCAACUUUCGACUGCGGCCUUAGUAUCAGUUGCGUUCUCGGUGGCGGUCGUCCUGUCGAUCUGUGUUCUGGAGGGCUGAUUUGGAGUUGUUGCGUCGACGAUGACGAUAUCCCCGAGAAAGUACCACGGCCCACUGCCGGAUUACUACAAAAUGCUAGUUGCGGUGAACUUUAUACGAGAAGUAAUAGGAUCGUGGGUGGACACAGUUCUGGGUUCGGCAGUCACCCUUGGCAGGCGGCUAUAAUUAAGUCGGGAUUCCUCACCAAGAAAUUGUCGUGUGGUGGCGCUUUGUUGAACAACAGAUGGGUCGUGACUGCGGCUCAUUGCGUUGCAACGACACCGAACGGCAACUUGAAAGUACGUCUCGGCGAGUGGGACGUGAGAGACGCAUCGGAGCGAUUGUUACACGAAGAAUUUAAUAUCGAGAGGAAGGAGGUCCAUCCGCAAUAUUCGCCAACCGAUUUUCGAAACGACGUAGCGUUGAUAAAGUUGUCGAGAACGGUAGCGUUCAAACAGCAUAUCGUGCCUGUCUGUUUGCCAGCGAAAAAUCUGAAAAUUUCUGGGCGCACCGCAACCGUUGCUGGCUGGGGUAGAACCAGACAUGGACAGAGUUCGGCGCCGACUGUUCUUCAAGAAGUCGACGUAGAAGUAAUUCCUAACGAAAGAUGCCAAAGAUGGUUCAGAGCAGCCGGGAGACGGGAAACCAUUCACGAUGUUUUCCUGUGUGCCGGUUAUAAGGAGGGUGGACGGGAUUCUUGUCAGGGCGAUUCAGGUGGACCGUUGACAAUGUCCGUCGAGGGAAGGCACGUACUGAUCGGACUCGUGUCGUGGGGUAUCGGAUGUGGUCGCGAACACUUACCCGGCGUGUAUACGAAUAUUCAGAAAUUUGUACCAUGGAUCGACAAAGUGAUGAGUUAGAUAAUAUAAUCGUUCGUCACGACUGAUAACGACGAUUCAGAUGGAUAUGGUUUGACAGCUACGCACACGAUAGUAUAAUGCGAUCACAACGAAAUACUGGUAUACAUAAUACGGUAUCUCCCCGGACCAAAGUUUACCGUGACUGAUUCAUGUACCACGCAUAACUGGUUCACGCUACAUAUAAUAUUAUAACUUUCUUCCUGUCAAUGAUGGCUCGACGGUUCGAAAUUUAGAUUCCGAAUAACAUCAAAUACAUACAGAUAUAUAAAUAUUAAAUAAUAUAUACACAAGAAAAUAAUAUAACACGACGAUCAGCAAAGGCUACUUUUCUUUUUCCGAAAUGAUUUCUGUUCGUACAUGCAACUUCUCGGGUACUAUAUAAUAUUAUAUACGUGUAUAUAUGUUGGGCUUAUAUACAUACAUUAAUCGUGUACAAACAUCUAUGCGUAUAUAUGUACAUCGUUAGCAAUAGAAUCGUUUUUUGUAUACAUGCGAUACUUUGACGCAGUGAUACUCGCAAGUAAGGAAUCUCCUAGCGCAGAGGUCUAGAAGAAAGACGACGUUAACAAUUAAAUUGUACAUUUAGUUGGAUUUAAAUGUUUGCAGUAAAGAAUUUUAUGAAAUGGAAAAUCAGGUGUAUUUUAUCGUCGACAAAUGAAAUGUUCAGUAAAGUUGAGAUAGAUAUCUACGUUACCGAAAGAAAUUUCCUCGUUUAUCGGCAUCCGAUGCAUUCGAUUGCAGACCAACAGUUUCAUAGUUAUAAUCGUUCCACGAGGUAUACACCUAUAUGUAUGUACCGGCGAUUCAUUUUAACAACAAGUAGUUGGCACGUUCACUGUAAAACCUUUUCAUCUCGAAUAAGAAAAAUAAGAAAAUAUCUUACAAUUGACAUCUC